AUGUCCCCAAGUGACGAUGGCGACGCCCCCCCGCACGAAAAGGAGAGCAGCAGCACUGCCGUCACCGAGACCUCCGAUCCCAUUCCCGACCACACCCCCUCACCCGCAACUCUAGAGGUGCCGCUCCCGAGGCUCCAAGUGCCCUCCCAGCCCAAAUACACACGACCCUUACCUUCGGAGACGGCGACGAGGCUCGCGAAGGAGCCUCUGAACGAAGCGCGCCGGCGCUCCAACAAUACCCGCAGCACGCGCCACAUCCUUCUCCACUUCACCGGGAGCGUUCCGCGCUAUACGAACCCCGAGGAGGAGCGGCGCAAAGCCGAAUGGGAGACGAAGAGGAAGAGCGCCCUCGAGGCCAUGGAGAGGGUGGCCGAGCCCGGGAAGCGCUCGAGGCUCAGCCAUCUAUGGAGGGUUACGACGCGGUCGGAGAAGCUGCGCAUGCAUCACGAGCCCGAGGAUUGCGAUGCUCGCCAAGCUUGCAAUUUUUGGUUUCCGCAGCCUGCUUCUGUGCCGAUUCAUAUUUGCGACUUUCGACAUGAGGGUGGGAGUCGGUAUACGGACACUUUGGGCCACAUUGAAAAUUGGUUCGAGUCGAAACCUGACGAUGUAAAUGUUCGCUGGAUCCAUGUUCCUUUGGGCAAGGGAACUCUGCAAUCCACCAUCGAAGACAUGUUCCGCUACACCGGGAGCGGCGAAAUCGGAAAACCCUUCCUCAAGGGCUCCCCCGACCCAUCCUGGAACUAUCCCGAGCUGAGCAUGCUCACCUUCGUCAACCAAGAGCGCUACAUCGAAAAGAUGGACGCCUUCCGCUUCCUCUCCAACCUCGAAGUGCUCGCCAACGGCGUCGGCGACGACCCUCUCCAGGGCCUCACGCGCCGCCAGAUAAACGAUGUCACCUGGAGGGCCGAUCACAUCGGCAAGCCCAUUGACUUUUGGGACAUUGUUCGCGCCGACUUUCCGAACCCGCUGCCCGAGAGAUUCUUGGGCCAGUCUAGCAAUACGAAUGUGAAGGGCCCGUUGCCUACGGAGAAUGACAAGCAGGCUAUCAGCGAGCAUGGGCAUUUCCUCAACUCCAUGUUGAUGAGCUGCCAGCUUCGCGCUUUUCACCGCUCUGAUGGCUACCUCUUAACAUUCUCCAACCAGACAGGGGUCGACUAUCUCGGCAAACCCUUCCAAGAAUGGCUCCAGCAACCGGAUCAAUUCAUGGCAGACUCUGAAACCUCCAUCCUCGCCCACGUCGCCGAAAAUUUCACCUCCUCCGGCACGUCGAGAUGGCACUUCCCAACCGUCGAAUGGCUUAUCGUCUACAUCAUGACUGAAGCUGCGACCGUCCCGCACAACAUCCGUCAAGGCAGGAACUCGACCUCCCUCUUGACCGCCUACCAGGACAUCGCCCGCGAACUUAAACAACGCCAAAAACGUCCCUGGGAGCGUGGCGAAUCACCCCGCCUCGUCCGCCGCUACCUCAACUGUCUCGAAGAACUCCGCGCCAUUGCUGAUCUCGCCCGCCAAAAGGUCGGCAUCUUAAAUGGCAUGCUCAUCGACGCCGAGCGCUUCGAAGCGGAGUACGCCAAGGAAGGCAUCUUACCGAAUGACGACGACGAGAGGGAAACGAUGAAGGAGCGCAUUGAGUGGGCUAUUGACAUGGUUAAGGAGCAGAGGGAUGAUUCCAAGUUUUUGGUCGAUUAUUUCGAAACCGCUCUUACAGAGCUCUUCCAACUCCGCUCCAUCGAACAAAACGAAAUGGCCAUCGUAGCAGACAGCCAAAACAAAGCCGUCCUCCUCUUCACAGGCGUAACCAUCGUCUUUCUCCCCCUCUCCUUCUUCACCUCCUACUUCGGCAUGAACCUCCAAGGCGUCGUCGACACGAACAAGGACGAGUCGUAUUUCUGGAGCGUCUGCGGCUCCAUAGCCUUCGUCAUGGUCCUCAGCAUCGUCGCCUAUGCCUUUAGGGUCGAUCUGAAUAGGCAGUUGCAUAUGCGGUCGCUGGCUAAGAUGAAGGCCAUCAAGGGAUUGUAA